AUGAAGUGGCUGAACAGCUCCUCGCCCGGCCUUGUCCUUCGAUACACUACCGAAUAUGUUCUGUCGCCCAUUGGAAAGCGCUACCUAGGAAGUGCAGACCACCCGAUCCGCCCCAAAAUCGCUUAUAUGUACGAGAAUCGUGAAAGAAAUACUCUUUGGUGGCGGGUAUCGACAUCAAAAAUCGGCGACUUCAAACGGGUGGUGCGCUCUUGGUGCGCACGCAGAGCACGCAUUGCAUUUCGUGAGGCACUGAAAAACCAAGGGUAUGACGAGUUGGGCAUACCGUUACCCGAUUCUCCUAAAGCUCAAACACGCCGAUUGACGGGAUCUUUGGAAAUCCUUUUCCAUCCAAAAUGCGUCAAUCAAAGUUCCGAAACGCUACAGCGUGACACCGAUCGCUGUCUAGAAGAGAUACUCCAACGACGGGAGAAAUUCUCAAAUCGUGACACUAAGAGACCUCGAAAAUGCCCUGGUUCUUCUGAUGACCAAUAA